UGUAAAAUAUGAGUGGGUAUACCACUAUUUAUUCGUGCGCCUCCAUUGCCUCGUGAGAUGUGUCAUGCGAGAAAGAGGACAUAUAUUUUUGCCCAGCCUCUCUUCUUUGGAGUCAUCGGAAGAACGAAACUGCUUCCCACCGUUUCCUUCUUUGCGUUUCAAUAAUUUCCAUUUAUUUCACCAUUUGCCCAAAAUCCCCCAUCCCACCCCCCCCCCCCCAAAAAAAAGAAAUAAAAUGUGGGCGCCACCAAAACCCAACUCCGAUUCCAAAUCGGAAUCGAAAUCCGAAUCGGAACCGAUGGCAUUGUCGGUGCUCGUGGAAAAUGUGGCUUGUGAGGAGGAAGCAGUGCCACUGAACUCGCACGACCACGACGACCCACGACUACGGCGCAAGAUUCAGCAGCGGCGGCCCGAGUGCGUGAGAAGGUCGCCGAGACUGUCGCCGUUGCCGCCGGCGCAGAAGGAGGAGGUCGUCAAGGAUACUUCGGCAAAUGCAGCUUCCAGGAAGAUCGACGACGCCAAGCGUGCGAGUGUGAGAAGGUCUCCCAGAUUUACGUCAUCCGUCCUGGAAGAAGCUGAGAGCAGCAAGAUUAAGACUCCAUCAGUUCAGCAUAAAAGGUACAAGGGUGGAACCAUCGGAUCAAAUGAUGAUGAACAGAAAUAUACAGUAUCAAGUGUAGAAAGCUUAGCAGAGAAGUCUAUGAGGAGAUCUCUAAGGUUGAUGAAUCAGUCUGCAGUGGAAAGCUGCUGUCUGAAAGUUUCUUCGCAAGAGAGAUCUCUAAGAAAAUUCGAAUCCCCUGAAGAAGGCUGCCCCAAGGCCCUGUCAUUAAAUACUUCUAAUGUCGAAACAUCAUCAAGAGACACAGAAGUCAAGCAUCCAUCUCUUUCAUGGCACGGAGAGAGUGAUAAGAGACCUACACCCUUGAGGAGGUCUUCAAGGUUAAUGUCAGCUCCUGAAGACAAUUUUGAUGGUGAAAAGUUGGAUGAAAAGCACAUAAGAAGAUCUCCUAAGUUUUCCCCUUGUUUGGACGUGGCUAAGGAAACUUCCAAUCUAAAUUCUAGUUUCAUUGGAUUGUCUGAUUCGGAAGAUGGGUUUUCUUCCAAGAAGAUAUUGAUCUCAUUAGGAAAAUCUGAUUCAAAAAUUUUUGACGAGACACACUUGGGGCAAUCCCAAAGAAGAACCAGAUCGAUGUUUGAGGCUGAAAGAAGAGAAUCAGAAUGUGCUUUGAUUGAAUUGCCCGAGACCUAUGUGAAACAAACACCAAAGAAAAGGAAAACCUUAGAUUCAUCAAAGAACAAGCAAAACAAACAAGAGAACAUCAAAAGUGCUUCUUUCAUUGGAGAUCCAAUUCCUGAUGUUGAAGCUCAAGAAAGAUGGGGUUGGCGGUAUCGAAUGAAGAGUCAAAGAUCUAAAAGACAAAGCUUGAAGCUAAAUGAAGAUGAAGAAGAUGAGAUAAUUUUGGACGUUGAAUGUCACUUUUCUCAAGCUAAAAUUGGCGAUUGCAUCUUCGAUCUUGGAGAUUGUGCUUACAUAGAGGGUGAUGAAGGACAAAAGCAUGUGGGAAGGAUCAUAGAAUUUUUCAAGACAGCUGAUGGAGAAAAAUAUUUUAGAGUCCAGUGGUUUUAUAAAGUUGAAGAUACGGUUAUUAAAGAAGUAGGAACUUCUCAUGACAAGAGGCGUUUAUUCUAUUCUACCGUAAUGAACGAUAAUUUGAUAGAUUGCAUUAUUUCAAAAGUCAAUGUUACACAUAUAUCCCCUAAGGUAGGGUUAAAAGUGAACUCCAUUUCGCCGUCUGACUUCUACUAUGAUAUGGAAUACUGUGUGGACUAUUCCACAUUUCGCUCCUUCAUCUCUGAUAAUUCUGUGAAGAGCCACAACAUGCCAUCAUGCAAUUCAAUCCAAGCAGUUGGUACACUGUCAACUUCAAACUUACUGGAGAAUAUGCCCAGCUCUGAAACUUACAAAGCAGAAUUAGCCCUCUUAGAUCUUUUUUGUGGUUGUGGUGGAAUGUCAACUGGAUUGUGCUUUGGUGCUAAACUUUCCUGUGUUAAUCUUGUCACGAAAUGGGCCCUUGACAGUGAUAAAUCUGCCUGUGAAAGCUUGAAGUUAAAUCAUCCAGAAACGCAAGUCAGGAAUGAAACUGCUGAGGAUUUUCUACAACUGUUGAAGGAAUGGGAAAAGUUAUGCAGAAGGCAUAAGGCCAAUGAUGUCGAAAGAACUCAUCCAUUAAGAUCGAAGACCUUAAGUGUACCAAAGAAUGGUAAUGAGGUUGGUACCGGUGAAUAUGAAGUUUCGAGGAUUGUUGAUAUCUGCUUUGGUGAUCCUAAUAAGACAGGCAAGCGUGGAGUGAACCUUAAGGUGCAUUGGAAAGGUUAUGGUAGCAGUGAAGAUACAUGGGAACCAAUUGAAGGCUUAAGUAACUGCCAAGAAAGUAUACAGGAUUUUGUAAGAAAUGGGAGGAAAGUGAAAAUUUUGCCACUUCCAGGAGAUGUUGAUGUAAUUUGCGGGGGCCCUCCUUGCCAAGGAAUUAGCGGCUAUAAUCGCUAUAGAAACGUUGAUUCUCCAUUGGAUGAUGAGAGGAAUCAUCAAAUUGUAGUCUUCAUGGAUAUUGUAAACUUCUUGAAGCCAAAGUUUGUGCUGAUGGAAAAUGUUGUUGACAUUUUGAGAUUUGACAAAGCUUCUCUUGGAAGAUAUGCACUUAGUCGUUUGGUGCAUAUGAAGUACCAAGCGAGGCUGGGAAUACUUGCUGCCGGUUGUUAUGGCCUUCCACAAUUUCGGUUGCGUGUUUUCUUGUGGGGUGCUCAUGCUUGUGAGAAUCUGCCACAGUUUCCUCUUCCAACACAUGAUGUCAUAGUGAGAUACUGGCCUCCACCAGAGUUUGAGCGGAACACUGUUGCUUAUGAUGAAGAACAACCUCGUGAAUUAUUAGAAAAAGCUCUUGUUCUUCGCGAUGCCAUCUCGGAUCUUCCUUCUGUCUCAAACAAUGAAAAAAGAGAAGAAAUGCCAUUCCAAAAGCCUCCUGAAACAGAUUUCCAAAGAUAUAUAAGGUCAACACAGCAUGAGAUGAUGGGAUCUGCGUUUGAUGGCACUACGAAAGCAACAGUUUCACUAUAUGACCAUCGGACUUACCACUUAAACGAAGAUGAUUACUUACGAGUUUGUCAGAUUCCAAAAAGAAAGGGAGCAAAUUUCCGGGAUCUACCUGGUGUUGUUGUUGGAAGUGACAAUGUGGCUCGGAGAGAGUCAACUGAAAAGCAUUCUCUGUUGCCAUCUGGAAGGCCAUUAGUACCAGACUAUUGCUUUACUUAUGAACAAGGCAAAUCGAAAAGACCGUUUGCGAGGUUAUGGUGGGAUGAGACAGUGCCCACUGUGCUUACUUUCCCAAGUUGUCACAACCAGGUAGUAUUACAUCCGGAGCAGGACCGAAUUCUCACUGUACGUGAAUCUGCAAGAUUGCAAGGCUUUCCUGAUUAUUAUAGGUUCUGUGGGACAGUUAAAGAGAGGUAUUGUCAGAUUGGAAAUGCAGUUCCAGUUUCGGUUGCACGAGCUUUAGGAUAUGCGUUGGGAUUGGCAGUUCGAAAACUCAGUGGAAAUGAUCCACUCAUGACUCUCCCCAAUAAGUUUUCUCAUUCAAACUUCUUCCAAUUCACAAAAAAUUUGCCUCUCGAGACCGAAGAGUAAUGAUUCUCCCCCUCACCGGUAAUUCAACUUGAAAGUCUUUGUAUCUGGGUCUAUAUGCAUAUCCCUGGUGGGGGAUUCAUAAGAUUUAACCAUUUUUUCAACCGGACUGUCCAAUUCUUUCCCCUUUUUGGCACUUGCCCUGUCGUCUUGGACGGUCGAUUCUGUCAAAAUCUAAUCCCAACUGGUGCUUUAUUUCGCGCUCCUUGUUGUAUUGACUAAUUCUCAAACUUGUAACUGGUUCAUUAUUUUCAUUCAGUGAAUGUUUAUCUUCAA